GUGAUUCCGAAACGCGGUUAGAAUUCGUCCUUCCCGAUUUUCCCAAUUUUGCGCCCAAAUUUGAUUUCUCUUGGAAAAAAAACCCUAAUUCCAAAAUCGAGCUACGCCAAGGAACCCUUCAAUCAAUCCUGUUGCUACCAAGAUUUGACGUAUCAGCUUUCCUCCUGUAUUUUCAGUGCUCUGCCUCGUUUGAACCCUAAAACGAUCCGUUUAAUCGAGCAAGCAGAAGGAUGGCGAUUGCAAGAACUGGUGUUUUUGUAGACGACUAUUUGGAGUAUUCUAGCACACUGCCGGCGGAGCUUCAGAGGCUUCUCAAUACCAUUCGAGAACUGGACGAACGUUCACAAGCCAUGAUAAACCAUACAAGGCAGCAAACAAAGUAUUGUUUGGGUUUGGCAUCUCAAGGCGGUUCAUUCUCCACGAAGAUGGAGGACGAUGAGUUGUCUGAAAAGCUGCGAAAAGAAAUUGAAGCAAACCAGGACAAUGCCUUUCGCCUCUGCACUGAGAAGGUUCUACUUGCCAGACAAGCUCACGACCUUAUUGAUAGUCACAUAAAACGUCUUGAUGAGGAUUUGAAUAACUUUGCAGAAGAUCUCAAACAAGAAGGAAAAAUAGCACCAGAUGAGCCAGCUGUGCUUCCUCCAUUACCUUUAGUCCCUAAAGGUGAAAAACGCAAGCCACCAUAUGGAACACCUCAAUCGAAGAGGCUUGAUUACAAGGAGAGAGAUUGGGAUAGGGAGCGUGACAGAGAUUUUGAGCUUAUGCCUCCUCCUGGAAGCCUCAAGAAAGACUUUGCUUCACCCGUUGAACUUGAUCAACCCAUUGAUCCAAAUGAACCUACUUACUGUGUCUGCCAUCAGGUAUCUUUUGGAGAUAUGAUUGCAUGCGACAAUGAAAACUGCCAAGGAGGUGAAUGGUUUCAUUAUGCAUGUGUUGGGCUUACUCCUGAGACUAGAUUUAAGGGAAAGUGGUAUUGCCCGACGUGCAGGCAGGUACCACACCACUGAAGAUGCAUGUAUAUUGCUCUACACUUUGACAAAUUCAAUCUACCUAAAAAAGUAGCUGGGUACUAGUAACGAUUGAUUUUGCAACGAUUGUAAUUGAUUUUUUUUCCGCGCUGCA